AUGAUCAAAGAGAAAUUUGAAGUAUUCGAAGUACUCCCCGGAAUUGGUUGGGACAAUAUUCAAAAUAUCGAAUUAAGUCACGUGUUGGAUAAGAAGUACUAUCAGUGUAAACUUACAGAGGAUGGAAAAUACCUCAUUCCAGAUAACGUUUUGCUAAUACCUAUCAAACAAAGUCACGUAGACGUUUUUGCUGAAUGGAUUAACAGUAUGGACGAAUACAGAUCAAUAGAUGCAUUUUCAAUAAAUGGAGGGUUAAACGUUAAUGUUGGCUUUGGUGAUGUUGGAAUCGGUGGAUCGUUCUCUGGAGGGUAUCAAAAGGCCAAAAUGCACAUGUCAAAGAACAGCAUGAACAAAUACAUAUCAAGAGUACAAGCACGGUACAAUAGAUAUCGUAUUGUGUCGGAUCCGAAUGCUGAUCUUCAUCCAUCAUUUAAAGAUCGCUUGUUGGAGAUAGCUUCGAGUUACUACAAUAAUCAUGAUCACCUUGCUGAAUACCAGUGUCAGUUACUAAUUAGGGACUUCGGAACACAUGUUCAGACAAGUAUGGACGCCGGUGCUGUGCUGUUCAAAGAAGACCAUAUUGAUGCUAACUCUAGUAUUGUAGACGACGCUAAGAAGAAAGGCUGGCAAAUCGGUGCAGGCCUGUCAUUUAGUGGAAUAUUCGAUGGAGUCACAGUCGGCGUUGGGCUGAAAUUUGGCAUGAGCAAACAAAAGAUUGAAGAAACUAUCAAGGAGUAUAGCAGUAAAAUUUCGUAUUCAGUAAUUAAGUCAUACGGUGGCAAUUACUUUGGCGGAAAUACAUCAGCAGCAGAAUGGACAGAUACCUUAGACAAUGAACUUGUAUGUAUUGACAGAAACGGAGUCCCGCUGUAUGAAACUGUUUCAUCUUCAACUUUACCAGAACUACCGCUGUCUACGAUAAUGAAAGUGGAACAAGGUGUUAAGAAUGCGUUCCUCAGUUAUUACAAACACAACACAUAUCGAGGAUGCAUGGAUCCGAGAAAUAAAAAUUACGACGUAAAGGCAAAUGUGGUUGAUGACGGCGUUUGUGGUGGAAUAAAGAACGAAAACGAGUAUUUUGGUGGUGUUUUUCAAACUUGCACCAUGUCCCAUACCGAGGCUGGUGAUACAUGUAAGGACAAAGGUUAUAUUCAGAAAAAUCCAUUAACCAGUAAUUUUUCAUGCCCUGAAGGAUACAGCGCGAUCGAACUGAUUUCAAGCUCAAUAAGUGCUUCCCAGUCUCAUUCAAAGUGUAAAGGACAUAGACAUAAGAAAUGCAAGUACUGGACCACUUAUAGCCAGGGGAUGUAUAAAUCAUUUUGGUGCGCUCGAAAUUUUAAGAAAGUACCUGAACAAAAGUACGUUUUUGGCGGCAUAUUUUCUAAUUUCAAGGUGAAUGAUCUUACCGGAGGGCGUUCCUGUCCAAUAGAUUUUAUUCCAUUGAGAUUAGGAGAGGGAAUAUUUGUUUGUACUUCUAGUAAUGGAAAUACUAUCGGUGCGAAAUUUGGAGGUUUCUUUAGUUGUAGCAUAGGGAAUCCAUUAGCUAUUUCUUUUAACAGUACAAGCACGGGGAAUAUUAGGUCCUGGCCAAAGCGAUGUCCUCAGGGCUAUGUCCAGCAGACAUUUGCAAUAGUUUCUAACUGCGAACUUGAAUAUUGCUCAGAUGCCGUAGCACAAGGGGUAUCACAGACGCUUCCCAUCCUGAAAAGACCGCCAUUUAUCAGAAGACCAAAAGUACUUCCUGACAACCACACGGACCUGGUAUUAGUAGUUGGUGGAAAAUGGUAUAAAAAUGAAGAAGCUUUUAAGAAAAUGACAGAAAUGGAAACACUUGGGGAAAGGGUUAAGGAAUACCAGAUAGCACAAGCAAAAAUGGACCGCGCUUUGGCAGAUAUGGCUGAUUUGUACUUGGACAACGGUAUACAGUCCGAUGACGAUACACCCAAUCAAAACAUUUUGUCUGUUUCUCUUUCCGCCCCUGCCAUUGCUGUAAUAUCAUCAUUGGCUACACUUUUUUGUGUUAUUAUCGCAUCCGUAGUAUUCUUCAAGUGCAGACAAUUCAGAAGAGGAAGAAACACCCCUAGUAGAUUUACCGACGCCCAAAAUGAAAUGGAACAUGUUCAAGUCGAUGAUGGGAACGGUUACGGGACAGCAGGUGAACGUCAAGUCUAG